AUGUGCUUGUUUUUCUGCAAGAAGGUCUAUGAUUUUACAGCAGUUCCUUAUGAGUUAAAGAAGUUCCCAAAUAUUCCCUUCUUUUACUUUGUCAAAUCAAUAUUGUCCGUCGAGUCAGUAGAGAACCGGACAAAGAGAUUGGUUCUUCCACUUCUUCACAAGAAUAACGGUUUUUAUGUCUCGAGAUUUCCUUUCUACUGGACCGUUUUUACAACAGACCCCGAUGCAGUACAGUACCUUUUGAUGAAAGGAGAAAUAUUUCCAAAGGACACCAGAUUUACAAGCGCCGUAAGCAAAGAUAGUCUUAUAAUCCGCCUAUUUGGAAGUUCAAACGUUGCAUUCAUAAGUGGUGAGCCGUUGAAACAUCAAUGCAGGACUAUGAACCCAGCCUUCCGCCGCACAGCUCCUGUUAAUAUAUUUGGGCGGCUUAUCCCAGACAUGUUUAGAUUGAUUGACAAGUCAGAUGGAGAUAUCUUGAUAGUCAACUUGUUACAAAGGAUGACAUUCGAUGCUUUGGGUAAAGCAUUAUUUGGAUUUGAUUUCAAGACUAUGAAAGAAGACAAUUCUGCCUGGAUGACAGCUUACAGUGAUGCAAUGUCAGGAGUAACGGCUCCCGUUCUUAAUAUAAUUCCUUCUCUUGAGUAUAUCCUUCGUUAUUUCUAUCCUAAUUAUACCAAGGCCAAAAAUGGUGUAGAUAAACUCAAUCGACUGAUCCUUGAGUUGGUGAACAAAAAGAAGCAAGAACUCGAAGAAUCGAUGCCCCAGUCUUGUAGCAAUAAUAAUAACGGUGAUACGGAUGGUGAUGCUUAUGAUCAAGAGAAGGAUCUCUUGACACUUAUCCUUGAAGCUGAAAUGAAGGACAAUAAAUCAAGUGGAUCUGACGAUUUAAGAGCAAACAUGGCUACUUUUAUUAUGGCAGGACAUGAGACUACAGCCAGCUCUGUUUCAUUUUGUAUAUACCACAUGGUUAUAAAUAAAGACGUACGAGAUAAAGCGCGCAGGGAAGCACUGGAUAUUCUUGGAUACGACGAUUUCAUCUCUCCACCCACUUUCGAUGAAUGUAAGCGUGUUAAUUAUAUUAAUAUGGUUGUAAAAGAGGCUUUGCGUUUAUGUACUCCUGGUGGUUUGCUUUUUGAGCGGAUAGCGACCGAAGAUGUCUUUCUGUCUGGGGUAUUUAUUCCAAAAGGCACACGUAUUAGUGUAGACAUUGAGGCUUUGCACAAGAACCCAGCGAUCUGGAAGAAUCCAUCUGUUUUCGAUCCCGAGAGAUUUAGUAAAGGAGGGGAACAUGAGCAGCACAGAGGUAUUACAUGGGCACCUUUUAGUGAUGGAAACCGAAAAUGUCUUGGUAUCAAUUUCAGUAUGACAGAGCAACAGGUUAUUCUGCUUAUGUUAUUAAAACACUACGAGUGGGACUUAUCUGAGAACUCGAUUCACAAUAAUGGGAUGGUAUAUGAUAAUGUUUUUUCAUUUGCACCAAAGACACUGUCUAUCAAAUUCCACAAAAGACACUAG